UUCCCCGCUCGUUUCUUGCCACUUUGAUCUAAUUCUUAUUCUUAUCUGAAAUUUUACAUUUUGCAGUCCAAUUCAAAAGCAUCAAAAGACCAUCUUCUUUUCAUUUCUCUGUACUGGUUGUCAGUUGUCACCAGAGCUACUUACUAUCUUUUGAGGGUUCCUUUCAAUUCUAGGGUUUUAGUAAAAACCCAUAAUUUUGGUUGUUUGAUUGGCAGUUUCUAUGGAGACGGAGACACUGGACGAGAGCAAACCGGUGGAGGAGGAGGCUGCUCCAGCUGACAAUAAAGAAGGGGCUAAACAAGAGAAAGAAAAAGAGGAGAAAAACAUUUCUCGGGAAAGUGAGGAAAAGAAGGAAGAUGAAGAGAAAGUUGAGGAGACUAUAGAGGAAGAUGAAAAGGAAGAGAAGAGAGAAGAAGGUACUAAAGAGGCCAAAGGUAGUAGUCGAAAGCGAAGGUCUAGGAAACCCAAUCGGGAUUCAUCGGAGAAUAAAGAGCCUGUGACACCGAGUAGUGACAGGCCGACAAGGGAAAGGAAAGUCGUUGAAAGAUACUCGGUUACACCUGUUUCCAGGUCUUCCACUCCCAAACCUUUUUCAAUUGAAAAGGGUCCUGGUGCACAGCUUAAAGACAUUCCAAAUGUGGCUUUCAAGUUGUCGAAGAGAAAAUUUGAUGAUAAUCUGCAGAUGCUUCAUAUGAUACUCUUUGGAAAGAAAGCAAAGCCACAAAGAUUGAAGAGAAAUAUUGGCCAAUUUUCUGGCUAUGUUUGGGGUCAGAAUGAGGAAAAACAAAAGGCUAAAGUAAAGGAGAAAAUUGAAAAAUGUGUUAAAGAAAAAUUAGUUGAUUUCUGUGAUUUGCUGAAUAUUCCAAUCACAAGGGCCAGUGUACGAAAGGAGGAACUCUCUGCCAGAUUGUUGGAAUUUCUGGAAUCACCCCAUGCUACAACUGACGUUCUACUUGCUGACAAGGAACAGGGUAAAAAGCGUAGAGCUACACCAAGCAAAAACAUUGCUUCUGGGGAAGCAUCAGAUACAUCAGCCAAGAAGCAACGAAGCACACCCCAAGGUAGAGGAAAGCGCAAGCGUUCGUCGGAAGUUGAGGAAAAAGAUGAAGAUGUUGAAUCCCCUGUUAGUAAAGAUGAUUCUCAUGAGGAUGAUGCGGACACUGCACACAAAGAAGUGAGUGAUGAUGAAGAGACUAAAUCAAAGGAAGAAGAAGAAUCCAAGAAGACAAGUGAGAAAAGUACUUCGAAAAAGAGUGCUACGGAUCAUCCAGAUUCAAAAUCCAAGAAGACAUCGGCAUCUGAAAAGAAGGCUACCCUUGCAAAAUCUAGCAGAAAAUCUUCCGGAUCAACUUCAAAACAAGGUGCUAGUCGUGAUGAUAGGACUCCGGGCUCUAAAUUAAAGGGUUCUGCAUCGAAAAAACAGAAGGUUGAAAAGGAAAGCUCUAAAGAUGAUAGGUUUUCCACCAAAAACAAGGUUACCAGGAAGAAGCAAACUACCAAAUCACCAGAAAAGGUUUCCACCAAGGCUCAAGAUAAAGGCAAAAGCAACAAGAAGCCUAAAGCAGAGCCUAGCAAGGAAGAGAUUCAUGAUGUAGUUGUAGAUAUUCUAAAAAAAGUGGACUUCAACACCGCAACGUUAUCGGAUAUUCUUCGACAACUGGCUACGCACUUUGAUCUGGAUUUGAUGCAUAGAAAGGCUGAGGUGAAGGAUAUUAUCACUGAAGCGAUAAAUAACAUGUCUGACAACGAUGAUGAAGAAGGGGAGGAAAGUGAGGAGAAUGCUGAUACAGGUGGCGAUGCUGAUAAAGACGGGAAUGGGGACAAUGAUGCUUAGUUCCCCGGGGAGUUACAUACCACCAUGUCGAACGUGUAAGAUAUCUGCAGUCAUGGUCAUUUAUAACCUUCGGGAUUUUUCCUGCAAUCGUUCAGUUAUAAAAUCGUAGUUUGUUUUAGGUGACUGAUAGGUGGGCGUGUAGCGUAGGAGUUAUCAACUCUUUGGUACUAACUUAUUGCUGAUCUGGCAUCAACUUACAUAUUUUGUAGGUUUUGUGGUGUUGUGUAUCUUCGUUGAAAAUUGAAAAUGUUGAAGUUGUAUUUGAUUUGUGUAGUUAUACUUCGAC